AUGCCGUUAAGCCGGUGUAAUUCGGCAGUGGGGAGCAACCUCAACGCCAACAGCGGAGGCGGCACCAAUGCCAACGCCAAUGCUAAUGCUGGUGCGAACACCAACACCAACAGCGGCAGUGGCAGCAGUAACAACAACAACAACAACGGCAACACCACACACAAGGUUCUUGACAGCGCACCCUCCGCGUCCAGCCGAUCCCCCACGCCAGCCUUGCUUAACCCUAUUGUUGGCGGUGACAGCCCCGGGCCGAUGACUUUAGACGUCGCGCGGCAGCUCUCCUCAACAGUAGACACGCCCAACUUUGGCCACAACGGCAUCAGCGGCAUUGGGGAUUGGACGCUGACACCAUCGAGUCUAUCGCUGCAGCUCCCAUGCUAUGCGACGUCUCCCAGGACAGGGAUCAUGCGGGAGCCAUCGCUUGUUUCGUCCACCUCACAGCGGUACUGCCAUGACCCGUACUCCCUCAGCGGCUCGCAGCGGCUCAGCCCGCAAUCGCAUCCCAUCAGCACCACGGUGUCGCCGCACAACUGCGCCCUCUCGCCGCUGGCGAUAGGCCUGUUUGACGAAAACGCAACAGGCCCACUGACGAUCACGACCAUCGCGCCCGCAGUGCCAAAAGAGCGGAACGAGCCGCGUAGCCGCCGCAAAGGCCGUCCGGGAGAACACGCACGCAACACGAAGCCGCUGGCGGACGUGCCGCCGCCGACGACGAUGCGCUACCUGCCGCCACCGCCGCCCUGUGCGGACAGCGUCUCGCAGGGUAUCCUCUCGCCCGAUGCGCUACACCGCAUCGGGCAGCGGUGGUAUGAGCGCACGGCGGCAGCGGAGAGCAGCUACCUCUGGCGUAUUCCGUCCACACUGUGGGUCCACACCUUCUCGGUCCAAGUGGCGCAACAACAACAUCAGCCGUUCAUCACGGCGCGGCCGACGCUUGGGUGCCCCCGCAUGGAGCUGCAGCCGAACUACCCACUGUGGCAGUGGCUUGGUGAUGCGGAGCAGUGGUGGGAGACGAUGAUCCGCCCGCUCACAGGGGCGCACGUGCUGCCUCCGCCACCUUACAUCUACUGA